GAUGUCAAGCAGAAGACGUAGAAGACAGCGCGGUUGCUGUAUAAUGCAAAAAGUUUUUCCUGAAAAAAGUUAGAAAUUAGCGCGUCAUUUGCUAAAAGCUGUAUUUUACUUUAAUUAUUUAUCUUGUGCUGUGGAAAGUGAAUUAACAUGACAAGCCGCUCUAAACUAACGCUGGAUUGGAAGAAGCGAGUCAAAUCAGAGUAUCUUAAAAUUCGUGCUAGCAAGCGGCUCAAGCGGUCAGACGAAGUGAAAUCGGCGUGGAAUCGCAAUCGCCAAAAGUUACUGGAUCUUCUGGUGAAAGAAAACGAUUCCUGGCUAACAACGAAUGCUGUUUGGACCCAGAACGACUCCGAGCUUCCGCAUGUAGAAUGCAUGAAAAAGUCGGAAGUGGUUAAUCAUGAAGGAGUUCAUCAGACCGUUCCAAUCCGGGUAAUCAAUGCCGUAACGCCGAUCCCAACAAUGUACACUUGGGCUCCAACCCAGCAAAACUUUAUGGUAGAAGAUGAAACUGUUUUGCAUAAUAUUCCUUACAUGGGCGACGAAGUACUAGAUCAGGACGGUUCAUUCAUCGAAGAGCUCAUCAAAAAUUACGAUGGGAAAGUGCAUGGUGAUAAGGAGGGUAGCUUUAUUGAUGACUCGAUUUUUGUGGAGUUGGUCCAUGCGUUGAUGCAAUACACUGGACGAGAUGUAGAUUCUAACAGUAAUGACAGUUCUAAAUCGACCAAGAACACAGUGAAAGUGCCUGAAGAAACUGCACCAAAAGAACCGGUGCCGUCGAGUUCUAGAAAUAAAACUAAAGCUGAUAAAGACGUUGACAAUGUUAUCGACAUUUCAAAAGAUGAAAGCUUGCCGAAGUUCAAGUUAGAGCCGUUCGUUGUAGUAAAGAAAGAAGUUAUCGAUGAGAAACCAUUUCCAUCGCCGAUAAUUUUCCAAGCUAUAAGUUCCCAAUUUCCUGAUCAUGGAACACCAGAAGAGCUGCGGGAAAAAUACAUUGAGCUAACAGAGCGUGUGGAUCCGGAGCGACCCCCCGAGUGCACUCCGAACAUCGACGGACAACGUGCCGAGUCCGUGUCCCGUGAGCAAACACUACAUUCCUAUCACACUCUUUUUUGUCGACGUUGUUUCAAAUAUGAUUGUUUCUUGCAUCGAAAUCCACUUGUUGGCGAGCCGCCGAAUCGUCUGCAAGCUUGUCACCCUGGCCCUAAUCUGCAGAAGCGCCGCUGGCCGGAACUGAAGCAAUCGACGAAACCCUGCAGUACGUCAUGUUAUAUGCUGCUGGAAGGCAUGAAGGAGCGUUUAGCGGUGGACAAUAAAAAUAAAACUCCGAUGGAUUCCGGUAACGAAGCCAGCUCUGAAGAUAGUAACGAUAGCAGUCGAUACAGUAAAGAGGCACCGUUCGGUAGUUCUAAGGAAGGGACGAAUGGCGGGUCUAAUGGUCAGCGAACGACUAAUGACUCUGUUAAUAAUUCCGCUAAUCUGUUGAGUCUGCUUGGGGUGGCAGACGAGGAGUGGAACGGGUCGGAUAAAUCAUUUUUCCGUACACUACAGAAAACCUAUCUGAACAACUAUUGCGCCAUUGCGGAGGCGAUGCUUAUGAAGACCUGCCAACAGGUUUAUAUGUUCGCACAGAAAGAAGCCGCCGAUAUACCACCGAUUGAGGCCAACAAGGAUAACACUCCGCCGAGGAAGAAGAAGAAGAAGCAUCGACUUUGGUCUAUGCACUGUCGGAAGAUUCAACUGAAGAAAGAUUCCAGUUCGAACCACGUGUAUAAUUUUACUCCGUGUGACCAUCCGGGUCAGUGUGAUGCGAACUGCCCUUGUAUCGGGGCUCAAAACUUCUGUGAAAAGUUUUGCAACUGUAGCAGUGAUUGCCAGAAUCGGUUUCCGGGCUGCCGGUGUAAGGCACAAUGCAACACCAAGCAGUGUCCAUGCUAUCUUGCCGUUCGAGAGUGUGAUCCUGAUCUAUGCCAGACGUGCGGUGCGGAACACUACGAAAUUUCGAAGAUAACGUGCAAAAACGUCAGCGUGCAGCGAGCAUUACAUAAACAUCUACUGAUGGCACCAUCGGACGUGGCCGGCUGGGGUAUCUUCUUGAAAGAGAGUGCACAAAAGAAUGAAUUCAUCUCGGAGUACUGUGGUGAGAUCAUCUCGCAGGACGAAGCUGACCGGCGGGGCAAAGUUUACGACAAGUACAUGUGCAGUUUUCUGUUCAACUUGAACAACGAUUUUGUGGUGGACGCUACACGCAAAGGGAACAAAAUUCGCUUCGCGAAUCAUUCGAUCAAUCCAAACUGCUACGCCAAGGUCAUGAUGGUGAACGGUGACCAUCGCAUUGGCAUCUUCGCCAAGCGGGCAAUUCAACCGGGGGAGGAACUGUUCUUCGACUACAGAUACGGGCCAACGGAGCAACUGAAGUUCGUCGGCAUCGAGCGGGAAAUGGAAUUUCUCUAAGAUGGAUUUUAAUAUGGCAAACAUUAUUUUUUUACUUGUUUUUAACCAAUAAACUGCCUAAAAUAAAAAAAAGAUUUUUACAUACUAAA